GGCAAAUAGACUUGCGCAAAACAUCACUUCUCAAUGUUAUGUGAUAUGACAUCACUUUUACAGACAGGUGAUAUUACUCGAAAACAUUACACAUCACUCUUAACAUUACUCGGUGCGUUCAAUAGAUACUGUGAUGAAUACAUUGUAUCUAUACACCCGAAUCAUUACUUAAGUGAUGUGUUCAUACUUUGUAUUAUAAUACACUGUUAUAUUACUUGACAGAGAUUGACUUAUUUAAUAAUAUAAUAAUUUUAUUUUUUACUUAAUAUAAUUUAUUGUGGGAUGAACGGAUUUCAUAUGGCGACUUAGACUGCAAAUUGAGCUCGACAAUAAUGUUAAUUAAUAUAUUAUACGAGGAUGCAUUGUUUCGGCGCGAUAUCUUCAAAGUGCAUCCAAGGAGGACUGUACUUUCAUUUAGACGCCGUUAUUUCUUUCACUUAUUAAACACGCAUUAAAACAAAUAAUAAAACUAUCUUCAAACAAGUGCUUAAGUAAUUCAAAUCAAACACAAAAAUUAAUAUGAAAUAUUACUAAACAAUUACGAGCGACUAGCGAUUUUACAAAAGUUGCGAAUAAAAAAUUAAGUAACUACUUGCGGGGAACUACCGGCUGGCCGCAUGAAAAAUAUAAACACAAAUACCUAUAUUAAAAUUCAGACGUACCAUAGGUAUAAAAAUGUACCUAGCGGCCAGGGCAUACGGUUCAAAAUCACUAGGAAUAAUUCCGUGUCUCUUGCUCAUUUAUUUUGCGUCGAUCGGUCUGUCUCGCUCGCUCGGUUCCGUUCGUGUAUUAAGGAACAUUACACGACAAAGAAAGAAACAUGUUGGGUGAUAGUGUGAUGUUUGUUUACACGACAAAGAAAGAAACAUGUUGGGUGAUAGUGUGAUGUUUGUUUCCUUCGCGUAAUGUGUGAUGUUGCAUUACAUCGUAGAGUAAUAUUACCCGAGUAAUAUCACUCGCAUUACUUACACAUUUCUAUUGGCAAAUAAAGGGUCAAAAAUCACAAUGAAUGUUACAGUUCAUAAUAUUUAUGAAAUUAUCAGAACAUUCAGAACCAAAGGACAAUCAAAAUAUAUAGUUCUAUAAAUUUUGGGUGUAUUAUUCAUGUGCUUUUUAUUCAACAAUCAAAUUAGUGCUUCUGAUGUAUAUUGAAUAAAAAUAAAAUGAUGGUGCUUUACCUUCCUUAAAUCAGUAUAAUCUGUUAAUAAUAUUAUUAAAUAGAAUUUGCACUUGAAGAAUAACAAUGAAUAGUAAAAUUUUAAAUACUUUAGCUAAUGCAAUUGAUCCUAAAGAAGAAAUUAUGAAAAGAGCGGAAACUGGAAAAGUAUUACUCAAUGAACUUUCAAAGUGUACACAAAAUUGUCUCAACCGAUUUGCUGGAAGAUCUGAAUUAGCUACUGAAGAUGAUCUCAGAAUAAUACAGCUGUGUGAAAAAUGGGAAGCCAUAUUAAGACAUGGAAUAAGAACAAAUUUGUCGAACUCAACCAUACAAAGCUUGGUGACUGCAGGUUUAAAUUUUACAUUCAAUAUUGUAAAUAUAGGCAACUCAUUAUGGAGCUAUACAUGUUUGCAUUUGACAAAACAUGAAAAAGAAAGAUUUAAAAUAUUGUCAAACAUAAACACACCCCUUGGAUAUUUUAGAGCAUUCUUAAGGGCUUCCUUAAAUGAAAGAUCAUUUGAAAGAUAUCUGCAAAGCUGGGUGGCGCAUGGCUUAUUAAUGGAAUAUUAUGAAGAAGGGGCUCUUGUGAGAGAUUCUGAAGCUUCCUUGAAACUUCCUAAUAUUGCAUCUGGCUUAUCAUCCAUUCUAUUUGCGUUAUCAAUUGACAGACCUGAGUUGAAUGAAUCACAACAGUCAAGUCAAGUAGAUAAAGUAGAGCAUGUUAUACCACUACCGACACCAGUCAAGUCCUCUGGGAACUUAAAACGGAAACCAUUACGUCAAGUUAUAUCAUUUGAUAAAAAUGAACGGAAGACUCAGAACAUUGAUCAUAGUAAAGAGAUACACUCAAUCAACAGCAAAGAUGAUGCAAUGUGGAACAGUGCACCGGCAACUUGCCUUAAUUCUCCUGAUCCUAAAAUUGUGCCUCAAAUAUCAUCAACAAGUGAACCUGCAAGCUCAGAUUUCAAAAGUGGUUUCAGACAUUUCUUUCCCGAUAGUGUAAAAGGUAUAGAAAGUCCUUCACAAAUUUUAACAAAACUUUCUGAAUGUGCCAAAGAAAUAUUUUCAUCUUCAAACAGUAUAGAAACAAACAAUACUGCUAAAGAUGAUGCGUCAGAAUUGAGUGUUAACAAUUUAAAAAUAUAUGAAAGUGACAGUGAGGAAGUAGCUGGUAGUAUUGAUGGAAGCACAUCGUGCUUGGAGCUUUGCUUCACUGAAGAUGAAAGUGCACCAGACGAUAAAUCAUUACUUUCCUUGUUGGAAAAUAAAGAUAAACAAAUUUUGAUGUUACAAAUGAAAUGUAGCCAGUUAGAAGUAGCAAGCAAAGAUAAAUUUCGAAAACUUGAAAAAGUAAUAAUAGAUCUCACCAAAGAAAACGACACAAUAAAGGAGCAGUUACGACAUUACAUGUCCGCUGUGGAUAUGGGCAAAGCUCUAAGGAAUAAUAAUGUUCGGGAGGAAGCAAAUAAUGACAACACUGAUGAAAUAAACCAGUAUGAAAGAAAACUUGUUCAGGUAGCCGAGAUGCAUGCAGAGCUGAUGGAGUUUAACCAGCAUCUGGUGCAGAGGCUACAAGAAUUGGAAAGCACAUGUGCCCUCGAACUAUUAGAUUACCCUGAGUCUAAUGUUAAGGCUCAUAUUCCCAGUGCAUUUUUAGUUGGAAAGAGAACACACUCCUUUCAUGUUUAUCAAAUUUUUCUAAAAGUUGGCAAUGAAGAAUGGAGCGUCUACCAUAGAUAUGCGAAGUUCCACGAACUUCAUACGCAGUUAAAAAAAUGUCAUCCCGAUAUAGCAACAUACAAAUUUCCACCUAAAAAAACCUUAAGAAAACGGGACGCCCAUCUAGUCGAGCAGCGCCGCCUAGCGCUCCAGGCGUACCUGCGGCACGUCCUUCUCGUGCUGCCCGAGCUCAGGGAGUGCACCAGCCGGCCGCAGCUCGUCACGCUACUGCCUUUCUUUGGCACCUCCUCGACUUCCAAAGAAAAUGGUGUUCACGACGUCCUCGAUCGACAACACUCAAGUGACUCUGCCUCAUCAUACAAUGUACUUUGAUAUGCGUAUGUCUUGUAUGAAUAUUUCGAAAGAUAAGAAAACUUUUAUUUUUUUCUAUACAAUAUGGAUCUGUCAACGGUCUCUUGACAAAAUCCAUUCCACGGUAGCAACGCUAGAACACUGUAGAUGUAUUGUUAUGUAAGUGUAAGUAAACAGUAAAUGUACUAAAUACAAUAACCUUUUUAAAAACAUUUAACAUAAUUUCUAUGUAAUUAAUAUCCAGUAUUUUAAAAUUAAUAUAUUGUAAUACUAACUCAAUAUUAGGAAAUCGAAGAUUCAAUAUAAAGUAUGUCCCAUUAAGGUUCAAACUGUUUGUAAAAAGUCCUCAGAGAUAAAGUAAUAUCUCAGUACGCUAGUGCUCCAAAGUCAUCUUGAAUCUAUACUACAAUAUAAUAAGUACAGUUAAAAUUUAUUGUUUUUGUUUUGCAUAUUGAAUAUCAAUCAAAUCUCUGUGCUUAACUGCACAUCAUAAUGUAACGUAGCAUCUUACUUUCUAACUAAAUAAUUUUUGUUUAAUCUUCAACAGAUUAUGAAAAAAUAUAUUUAUGAUUAUGAUAACGAGAAAUUACAUUGUUAAUUAAGUAUUAUUGAAUAAUGUACAAUAAUUGUACAAUUGUGAUCGUGUGCAAUAUGAAUAAUUCAUGAACAUAAUAAUUUUAUUUUAUAUAGAAUGCGUUGAAAUACUUUGAAAUAACGCCUACCGCUUUAUGAUCAAUUCCUUUCAUGGAAUAUAUUUUUUUUUAUUCAAAAUGCAUCAAUAUUUGUCGUAUUUUCAUCGGUUUUCACGAGUCGUAGACAUAAUUAAUUAUACUUUUACGGUUUAAUCUCGUGUCUUUUACUGUCAUUAUAUUAUUCCCAAUGUUUCGAGUGCUUUACAUUUUUCGUGAAUAUUUUGGAGACAUCUCCAAAACAAUCCAACAAUCCGGACCUAGAGUGAAGAUAAUCACCAUUUUAAAAUGAAUGUCAUGAUAAAAGGUUGAAGUACGUAAUGUUUUCUUCAGUUGUAUUUUAUUUAUUUAUCGUAUGAUAUGUAAUUAGUCUGUGAUAUAACUAACAAAAAACUAAAGAGGCGUGUAUGUAUAGAUUACAUUAAAUGUAAUGGAAUCAAAUUUUAGCAGCUAAAAUAAUACAUAGUCUUUACAAGUGGUUAAUGUUAAAGGACACAUCACUAAUUCAUAAAAUUGCUGAUGAAUUAAAAUUCAUAUUUUAUUCUAAUACACAAAAGUACAUCACAGAGUUGAGAAGAUACUUGAAUUAUAUCAAUUUUAGUACAUGAUCAACUCAUACAUACAUUGCGGCCAUUAUAUUUAUUUUUCGAUAUAUAGUGGUGUUUUGUAAAUCUAGUAUUAAUAAUACACAAUAAUAUGUAUUAUAUAAUAAAUUUUCAUUUUAAAUAUUCGUUCAUCAUGAAGAGAUAAUUUUUAAUUAUUGAGUAAUAAUAAUAAUAUGUUAAAGUUUUACAUUUCUACAAAGACUAUGCAUGUAUUUCAAUAAUUUGAUGAAAUAGUUAUUUCAUGAUAUAAUAUAUAUUAUUUGAAAUAAACAAUUAUUCUUAUA